UGAUGAAUGGAGGAGGGGUGCGGGGCAGAGAGAGGGGGCAGCGAGCUGAGGUUCCCACAGAACAGGGUUAUUAUUGGCGCUGCAUCGGCGCUGUCAGUGCAGGGAAGAGCCGCCUAGGGGGCACCUCAGAGCAGGCAGCGGGGCUGGGUGCCUGCAAAGGGGCUGGCAGGAGCGAGGGAAGGGAAGACAAAGAGAAGCCAGGACGAACAUGAGAGGCGGGAAGGAGAGAGAACAGGGGAUCAGCUGAAUUCAGUCUGGAGGGGGAAACCUCUUUCUUUCCAGCCACGGGGGCCUCGGGCAAGUCGGGCCGGGGGGCCAUGGGGAAAGGUGGGGAGAAAGGUGAGGAGGCAGGGGAGCCGGAGGCGCAGAGCCGCUUCUACAGCUGGGAGGAGAUCCAGCGGCACAACCUGCGCACGGACAAGUGGCUGGUGAUCGAGCGGAAGGUUUACAACAUCACCAAGUGGGCCGCCAGGCACCCGGGCGGCCUCCGGGUGAUCAGCCACUACGCCGGCGAGGAUGCUACGGAUGCUUUCCAGGCCUUUCACCUCAACCCCAGCUUUGUGCAGAAGUUUCUCAAGCCAUUACUGAUCGGCGAGCUUGCCCCAGAGGAACCUAGCCAGGACCGAGGCAAAAAUCCCCAGCUGGUGGACGAUUUCCGGGCUCUGAGAAAAACAGCAGAGGACAUGAACUUGUUCAAAGCAAACCCCUUGUUCUUCUCCCUUUACCUGAGUCACAUCAUUGUAAUGGAAGCUUUGGCUUGGUUACUAGUUUCAUACUACGGUACCGGCUGGAUCACCACCUUUAUCCUUUCCUGCAUCCUUGCAACCUCCCAGGCCCAGGCUGGGUGGCUACAGCAUGACUUUGGACACCUCUCUGUUUUUAAGAAGUCUGCAUGGAACCAUAUCGUCCACAAGUUUGUCAUUGGGCACCUGAAGGGUGCCUCAGCAAACUGGUGGAAUCACCGUCACUUCCAACAUCAUGCUAAGCCCAACAUAUUCAAGAAAGAUCCAGAUGUGAACAUGCUGCAUAUUUUUGUCCUAGGAGAGUCUCAGCCUGUUGAGUAUGGCAAGAAGAAGCUGAAAUACCUCCCUUACAAUCACCAGCACGAGUACUUCUUCCUAGUUUUCCCACCUCUCCUCAUCCCCGUGUACUUCCAAAUGCAAAUCAUCAUGACCAUGGUCAGACACAGGUUUUGGGCGGACCUGGCCUGGGCCUUCAGUUAUUAUAUGCGUUAUUUCAUCACAUUCAUCCCUUUUUAUGGAGUUCUGGGAUCCGUGUUUCUCCUCACCUUUGUCAGGUUUCUGGAGAGUCACUGGUUUGUGUGGGUCACGCAGAUGAACCAUAUUCCCAUGGAAAUUGACUGCGAGAAGCAUAAGGACUGGCUCAGCUCUCAGUUGGCAGCUACCUGUAAUAUCGAGCAGUCCUUUUUCAACGACUGGUUUACCGGGCAUCUGAAUUUCCAAAUUGAGCACCACCUGUUUCCCACAAUGCCACGUCACAAUUACUACAAGAUUGCGCCAUUGGUGAAGUCAUUGUGCACCAAGUAUGGAGUCCACUAUGAAGAGAAACCUCUUGGGAAGGCAUUCAUAGACAUUGUUGGAUCCCUAAAGAAAUCUGGAGCUCUCUGGUUGGAUGCCUACCUCCAUAAAUGAAAGGAAACUGCAUUAUAAUGGGAAGAUGCGAGUGAUGGGAGAAGGACCAUGUGGUUUUGUUUUUUACUAUCAGAUUUCAGCCUAUAUCUGUGUGCACAGUUUGAGGGGAGCUUCCUGUCUUGUGAAAUGCUAUUGGGUGGGGGGUAGGAGGGAUUUAAAAUGUGUUUGGCACAGCCUUCAGAAGAUGAGUCAAAAGAUCCAUCUCAUAUCACUUGGCUGGGUAUUGACCAAGCAGAGUGGGGUUUUCUGGUUUGGAGGUGGAGGUUGGGGUGGGUGAAGAGAAGAGCAAUUUAUUCCCUCCCCUUCCUCAGCCAUUCACUGCAGCCCUAGCCUCAACCCACAUACACAGGCAGCGGAUUUGUCUACAUGAUCAGGCCAGUUUCAGAGAGCUUCUGCAUCUGUUACAUUAUUUAAAGUCACAGAAACACCGAUCAUCUUAUAUGCUUCCCCCCACACUUCUGAUGCUGGUUCAGAGGAGCAACAGCCCGGCAUUGGAUUGUGUUUAAAACAAAAGAAGCCAAUUGCCUAUUUGAUCACUCCUGGAACCACACAUUCUCUUGGCUGUGCUGCCUGCUGCAUUCUCCCAGGAGAACUGGGAGGUGCAGCUGUGAGCAGCAGGUGUUGCAUUAUGAGUCUGUCUGCCUCACUCAGUGCCCUCCUGUGGCUUUGUCUCUCUGAGCAUAGAGCUGCUUUAGUAAAUGCCAGGGCACCAAUCCUGCACUGAACUCCCCCAUUUACUUUUCUGGGAUUCUACACAGGUGCAGGUAUCCAACUACCUGGACCCCAGUGCUGGAACAGGCUCCGUGUGUGUUUUACUAUUCAUCCCUGUUUUCAGGGAUCUGAAACUCCACUCUGGGAGGAAACGGAGAGAGUGAUUUAAUGAUCACUUAGGAGGUUUUCUUUCCACGUGGCCCAUUUACACUACUAAGAUGUCCGCUAUCUAAUGAUAAUAGUGACAUGUAUAACACAUUGACAUACCCAUUUCAGAUGCUUUAUUGUGCUCCUGUGGCAUUCAUAAGCUGCCUUUUCUGUGGGGAAGGGGGUGGGUUUUGCAGUUACUUUACACAAAUACAGCAGAGAACCAAGCUAUCCUGGUUUAUUUAGUGUGAAACUUUCUAGAGAACUGAUAAAUGUCUUAAAUUGUCUCUACCUAUUUUCUGUGGGAUGAAGAGAAAAACCAGUAACGGCACUAAUGGAGAGUAGUGUUGCAUGGCGCAGGGCCCAAUCCAAAGUCAAUUGGUAGCUAUUGAAAGUUUUCCUUUGACAGCAGUUGGCUUUAGAUUAGACUGAUUUAGUACAGUUGAAAGCAAGGCAAAUGGGAUGUUCCAGUCACAUUUAGGGCCAAGAUUUCUAAAAAGGCCUCUACAAUUCUGCCCAUCCCUCACUGCUUGUUCAAAACCCACAUUUCCUUGUGCAAAAUGGAUAUUUAGUCAUGCAGUUACCUAAUGAUGUGCUUGCAAACUUGCCUUAGAUCCCCAUUCUAGAAUUGCAUCCCCUCUCAGGCAGUUCCUAUCAGCUAAAAUCUAUAGGGCUCUGUCUGCAUGGACUCAGCUUCAGGGUUGGGGUUUGACACUUGAGAAAGUUUAACCUCCUUUAGAAACUGUCUCACUGAAGAUCUGAUCGUACUACACGAAAGCCAGAAAAUUUAUAGUGGAAAUUAUAAUUUAACCAGUCCAGUGAUGCCUGAAGUUUGUCGGGGACUAUGAAUAUUUGGGUGAUCUCAUAAUGGAGUUGACUGCAAUACCUAAAUAUCACUCGAGGUGGUUAGAAUGAAAUGUUAUUGUCCUGGUGUGCUUCAAUUUCAAUUUCAACCAGACCUUGAACAUCUUUUAUAUCUUAGUCCCUAAGGUUCUGAUCUCUAAUAUUCUGUAGUUUGUAGCCUUUUUGAACAAGGUAGUAAUGAGUUAGUAUGGGGUUAUGGAUACAGUAACACCAUUCAAACUGCCUUAAUCUCUGUCUCUUUCUGAUUCAGUGAAUGUAUCUCAUUUUCUCUGCUCCAGCAGGGAUGAGCACAAACAUAUUGCAACACCUGCUUUGCAGUCCUCCAAACUAGCAGCUUGUUUUUCAAGAAGGUUCAGGUUCUUUGCUCCUCCUAGUUCCUGUUUCCAAAACAAACUCGCAAUUUAGCUGCUCCUUGGUCUUUGCUGUCUAUCUGUUUGGUAACGAUCCAGAGGAACCUCAGGAGAGUGGUGGCUCAACAGACCCAUCUCACGCCAGUAGCCUUAUUCCAGACACUCGCUUUUGUACUUGUCAUUGAUCAGUUUACUCGUGUUGUAUUAAGUAAGAGAAUAAUGCAAUUCCAGUAGGGCACCCUGCAUUGCCAAAGCUUGGGAGAUGGCAGCUAACCCUUCUGACAGCUGAAGAACCUUGAAAGGUUCUAGAAGAGUAAUGAGGCUGGGCACUUUGCAGAAGGAAGGGCCAGUCCUUAAACACAAUUGUUUUAUUUGUCCUGAACAAUAACAAAAAUCAUAAAGGGAACAAGUAGGGACAGGCAAGUGCCUGACACUGGCUCUUCCCCCUUACUGGAUGCUUUUGAUCAAACCAUAGAAAAUUCUUGUUCAUGGAAAACUCUGCAUCACUAAACCCCACAAAACAAAAACGAUGCCAUUUUAUAGUUGGGAGAGAUUUGAGUGUCCUACUGUUGCAUCUGCUGGAGGAUGAAAGUCUUCUCUCUACUUAGGAUUGGGUCACUGACUCCACAUAAAGUAAGAUAAACACACCUACAAUUUUUGUAAGAACAUAACCCAUGCCUGCUGUGUUGUUCUGUCCCUGUCUAGUGGCAGCUAGUCCACCUAGUGAUUAUUGAGUUGGUAUUGGUUGAGAGGCAAGUACCUUUUGGCUCAUGCAGGAGAGGCUCAUGCAUUUAGCUCCAGAGGUCCCCGGGUUUGAUGCUAACUAUUGGAGUCAGUCAGCAUUACACUAAUAUGCAAACCAAAUUCCUCUCUUGAAAACUAUCCAUGUUGGGAACAAUGUUCACUGUAUCAUUGUCUGUUUUGCCUCUGGUCUAGUCCCAAUUAGCGACCUUCCCAAAUGAGCAGUGAUCUUCUCAAAACUUCCCUCUUUUGUUGGAACUGAGGCCUCUUUUCUCUCUCUCCAGCCAACUCUGUAGAGUCUUUUAUUUGUACAAAGGUGUCUGCAAUUCAAUAGAUAGAAAAUAGUGUUCCCUGUAAGCUGUGGGCUUGGGUGGCCACUCAGGAGAGAUUCAGGUGCUGCCCAAUUGAUUACCAGAGCACCCACUGCCUCCCGCAGCCAGCAGCAUGUGUUUCUACAGGUGGUACACAUCCAUAUAUGCCUUAGUGCACAUAAUAAAAAAUAUUCUGCACCUGAACAGAAAACAUUAAAAGAAACAUUGGUGGCAAGGUCUCCCUGUAGUCAUUGUAGUGAGUCAGACAGCCCUGGUGUAAAAGGGUGAAUCAGGUUCACUGUAUUCAGAAAGGUGGAAAACUUGCAUGAUGAAAUUUGAGAAGCUAGCCUGAAAGGUUCAGUGCUGUUUGCAACCUGAGUAGCAGAAAGUGAGCCUGGCUUUAUAUAAAGACUUGGGAAUAAAAGCCAAGUACCAGUGAAGUGUCCUGGUAUAGCUAUGGCCUCAAACCUGCCUAAACCCAGCAAUUUAGAUGAAUUUGACUUUGUGGUUGCAGACUUGAACUUGACACUCAAAGUGAAAUUCAGGGGUGUGAACAUGGAAACUUAAAACCUAGUUUGCCCAAAUCUUCAGAGAACAGCAAUCAAUGAGUUCCCUUCCCAGAGCAAGCAGGGAAAAAUCAUGUCUUCUCGCUUUUGAUUAUUUUUUGUUUUUGAAUGAGAUACAAGCGCAUGCAGGGAGCUUCGGGGGGCUUUCAAGAAACAAGCCUAAGCGACUCCACUGGUGACUCAGCCUUUGGCAGCACGCAGGCCAUGUCCAGAGGUGGUGGGCUGGAGAUAAGCAGCCCUGGGUGGGGAGUACAGCUGGGAAGGAGGAGGUAGCAGGGAGCUGGGGGAUGUGUGUGGGGAAUAGGGUCAGGGAUGUGAGCCUGAAAAAUUGAAAUAAGAUGUGCAAUUUGCACUAUGCAAAUUGAGUAUCGUAUUUCGAUUGUAUUUCAAAAUAGCAUAUUUUGAAACUUGGCGCAUCUACACAGCGCCACAUUUCAAAAUAAUGCACUAUUUUGAGACAUCCCUUAACCCUCGUGGAACGAGGGUUACAAAGAUGCCAAAAUAGCAUGCCCGUGAUUUCGAAAAAUAUUUUGAAAUAAUGGGCGGCUUGUGAAGACCCAGGGUAACUAUUUCAGGAUACUUCCGGUAUCCCAAAAUAGCUGUGUAGAUGUACCCUGAGAGAGAGAGAGAAGAAAUCAGCAGUGGAAAAAAAGAGUGAGAAGGGAGACGAAAGCAGGCUGAGAUCAACUGUCCCACAUUUUCGUUUUUUUACCUGACCAGAUAAUGGCUUUAAGGUUGGAUUGUGGCUAGCCCUGUAUGGGUGCACUAUGAGGGAGGCGUGCUGCCUCUCAUAAGGAAGGAAAAGGCUCACUCUUUGACCUCCCUGACUAAAAACUGGGUGUGUCUAAUGCAAGCAGCAAUACUAGACAACCCAAAGGGAGCUGGGUUUUGGACCCAUCUUAUUCCCACCUAGAUAACUGAGCAGGGCCAGUACAGGAAGAAACACACACAGCACCUUGAAAAGGGGUGUUUCCGUUCUCUUUGAAGUAUGCACUUCCCUAGCACUCUGGGAGACAUUCUGGGUGAGCCAGCUAGAAAAGCACCUAAAAGCUGCAUUGUAGAUCCUCAAUCAAUAGAUCUUUGCCAGUUUGCACCAUCUGGGGAUAUAGCCCUUCCUGUAAGUUAAGUGGUGAGGGGGUAAAAAAGGACCAGGGACCUAGUUUCUGAGGAUCGUGUACCAACAUGGUUUAGGGGACUCAGCAUCAUAACAUCAUCCACACACAAUAGAGCUGUGUCAAAAUGCUUCCUUUUUGUAACAAGCUGCUAUACAUCAGCCAUAGCCUCUUCCUACAGAUGCUUUUCUAAAAAGCAGAGCCCUAAAAUUUAGUGUGUCUAGGAGUAAAAAAAAAAAAAAAAGCAUAAAAAAAAGCAUCAAAUUCAAAAAUCAUAGAAAAGCUCUUGAUUGUAUCACUCUUCAAAUAAAUAUUUCAGGAAAUCAAGAACUAUUUUUUCUAGUGUAUGUACUUCUCAAUAAAUUCAUAACUGUUGACUAUAAAACA